GGCCUUAGGCCAGGCCCUGCUCGUCCAGCGCUGCCGGGCCCGGCCCGGCCGGGCCACCUGGCUGACCGGGCGAAGCGGCCGUGGGGCAUCCGGGGCCAGCAGCAGCAUAGGGGCCCCCACAUUGGCACUGACCGCCACAAGCUGCGUGCGUCCCGCCGCGUCCAGCAGCGUCCAGCAGGAGCCCCACGACCAGGAGCACCUUGGCGUCAGCCCUACCGAAGCCCAGGGGGACGCCAGGCCCACGACGCCGACGCGGGCUUGUUCCCGCGCACUCAGACUGGUGCUGUUCGAGAGGGCCCCACGCCCGAACGAUCGCGACGAUGGCCGCUCACAGCCGCCCCUCGAGCCCGCGGUGGUGGCGACUCGGGGCGAUCCUGGCGGUGUGCGCGGCCGUGCUCGCGGACGCGGGCAAGCCACCGCACAGUAAGGACAAGGGGGCCACCAAGCUCGCGGCGGCUCAGAGCUUCCGUCUCCCCGGAGACGUCAUCCCGUCCAACUACACCCUGCGGAUAGUCACACACUUCCAGGACGACAAUUUCCGCUUCUACGGACAGGCCUUUAUCGACAUCGACGUGGUCCGAGACACGAGCGUGGUGCGGAUGCACGCCAAGCAGCUGCAGGUGGACCAGCGGGCGGUGACGGUUACGCUCCUGGACGCGGACGAGGACAGCAACAGCAUACCCGAGCAGCAGGAGGAGGAGGAAGAGGGUCCACAAGAACAAUCAGGCGCGCAAGCAGAGGAUCAGGAUCAGAAAAUUAAACCAACAGAACUACCUGAACAAAGGCCAGAAGAAGAGAAACCAGCAGAAGAGAAACAGGAAGAAAAGAAGCCCGAACAGCAAAAGUUAGAAGAACAAAAACCGGAAGAACAAAAAACAGAAAAACCAGAAGAACAGAAAACAGAAGAACAAAUAAAACCCGAAGAGCAAAAAUUAGAAGAACAAAAAACAGAAGAGCAAAAACCAGACAAAAUAGAAGAACAGAAACUGGAAGAACAGAAACUGGAAGAACAGAAACAAGAAGAGCAAAAACCACUAGAAGAGAAACCGGUCGAACAAAAACUAGAAGCACUGAAACCAGAGGAACAAAAACCCGCACCACCACAGAAACCGGAAGAAGAGAAGCGAGAAGAACUGAAACCAGUAGAAGACAAACCAGAUGAACCGAAAAUAGAAAAACAAAAGCAAGAAGAGCAGAAACUAGAAGAGCCAAAACAAGAUGAGCUAAAACCAGAAGAACAGAAACUAGAAGAACACAAAUCAGAUAAGCAGAAGGUAGAAGGACAGAUAGAGGCAGAACAGAAACCAGAGGAACAAAAGCCAGAAGUGACGAAACCAGAAGAACAGAAACCAGAUGUACAGAAACCUCUAGAACAGAUUCCAGAAGGACAGAAACUAGAGGAAACCAAGCAGGAAACAAAACCGGAAAUGCAACUAGAGGAACAGAAACAGGACGUCAACCCGGGAGUGCAAUCAGACGGAGAAAAGGUCGACCUUAAACCCGGGGAGCAGGAUCCUACUUUACCGCAAGAGGCAACGAAAGAUAAAAUUACUGGAGCGGAAGAGCCGAAACUGGGGGGACCAAUUGUGAACAAGGAGAAGGACGAAGAACUAGUUCAAACACAGCCGAUAACGACGGAAAGCACACAGGACCAGGUGAGACGCCGGCGCCGGCGUCAGGGCCAUUACCAGCACCGACCUCGCGACGCCGAAUUUCAAGGACUGCGCCUGUCAAACGUGUCGAUGGACUCUAAGCUACAGCAGCUCGUCAUCACGCUGUCCGAGCCCCUCCGCGCCGGCCGCCGCUACCGCAUCGCCGUCCGCUACUGGGGCACGCUCAACACCGAAGACCGGGGCUACUUCCGGGGCGCCUACCUGGUCGAGGGCCGCGCGCGCUACGUGUCCUCCACCGUGUUCGAGCCGGCCGAGGCCCGCCGCGCCUUCCCCUGCUUCGACGAGCCGCACAUGAAGGCCAACUUCUCCCUGGUCCUGGGCCGCCACAAGAACUACACCAGCAGCGCCAACAUGCCGCUGGACCGAACCGAGAGCAUGGAGGAGAAGCCGGACUGGUACUGGGACUACUACCCUACAACUCCAAAAAUGUCGACUUAUCUAGUGGCGUUCAUGGUACACGCUCUCGAGGGAACUUCUCUCAAUCCCGGUGCCCCCGGGAUUCAGUUCCGCGCUUGGACCGUUCCCGGCCGCUCACACCAGGCCAACUUCUCGCUGUCCGUGGCCCCCAAGAUCAUGUCCACACUCGGCGCGCAGCUGGGAGCGCCCGGGGUGCUGCCCAAGCACGACAUGGUGGCCGUGCCCGGCUUCAAGUCGGAGGCCCUCGAGAACUGGGGUCUCGUCUCUUUCGAGGAGCAUCAUCUGCUGCUGCCCGCCAACGCCGGCCAGCUCAACAAGCAGUCCGUGAGCACGGUGGUGGCCCACGAGCUGGCCCACAUCUGGUUCGGCAACUUGAUCACCCCGGCCUGGUGGUCGGAUAUUUGGCUGAGCGAGGGCUUCGCGACGUUCUACUCCGCGGAGGCGCUGCAGGCGGUAUUCCCCGCCUGGAGGUUCCACGAGACGGCGGCGGGAAACGCGUACCUUCUCGUCACCCACACUGACGCGAUGCCCAGCACCACGCCGGUCAUCCACGCCGCCGACAACCCCAACAAGCUGGAGUCCGUGUUCGGCGCCAUUUCCUACUACAAGGGCUAUUGGCUGCUCCGUAUGCUGGAGAGCUCCCUCGGCGCCGACGUGUUCGACAACGGGGUGCGGCGGUACGUGCGGAGACACCUGCACUCCAGCGUGCGCACUAAGGACCUGUGGGUCGCCCUGCAGGAGGCCGUCGACGAACGCCAGGACCUCGACCUGGAAGCAGCAGCUUCCGCUUCGGCCUCGACCGGGGAGGCCGUCGUGGUCGGAGACGACAGUGACGAGGAGGACGUCGCCCGCGUCGUGGUCCCGGACACCAAACCCACCUCUGCGACAAACGCCACGCGAGCGGUGGUCGUGCCCGCAAGAUCCAAGAGAGACGCCAGUCUGGUGAUGAAGGCCCCGAUCACCCAGCUCGUGAUAGGCGCCAUCGACCAGGCCGACAAGGGCAGCGGUGAGGCCUCCGAACUUACAGAUGCAUCCGCCAGCACCGAGGCGCUGGAGCAGGUAAAACUCGCGAGUCCGACGAAGAACCGAGUCACCCCCGCCAACGUGAAGAAGUCACCCGAGCUUAGUGAGGAAGUUCUGUCACCACCGCGCCGCGGCCCCGGAGCCACGGGCUUCCAUGGGAAAGUCGGAUGGCUGCCGCACCCUGUCGACCAGAUCAUGAAGAACUGGGUGACGCAGCCCGGACACCCCAUCGUGAGCGUGUACAGGAACCUCGAGACCGGCGUCGUCACCUUGAACCAGCGGCGCUACCUGAGCCCGGCGCCCGCGGGCGGCUUCCCCUGCAACGCGUCCACGGCCUGGUGGAUCCCCGUGCGCUGGGCGACCAUACCGCGGGGCAGCGGCGCGACCGGCACCGCGGACGUCAGCAAGCUCGUGUUCUGGAUGCCGCCCACGUGCUCCAACGUGACCCUGCCCGUGAAGGUGCCGCGCGAGGAGCUGCUCAUCCUGAACGCGGGCCUCAGCGGCCUGUACCGCGUGCGCUACGAGUCGAGCGCGCUGCAGCAGCUGGCGCGGCUGUCGCGGGCGGGCUGGCGGCAGGUGGCGCCGCUCACGCGCCUGCAGCUGGUCGCGGACGCCCUGGACCUGGCGCGCGCCGGCCGCGCCCCCUACCAGCACGUCCUGCGCAUGGUCGACCACCUCGGCAGGGACAACAACCCCAUGGUGUGGCGCGCCGCCCUGCCGCACCUUAUGAUGCUGCACCGGCAGCUGCGCGCGCGCCGAGACGGCGUGGUUCUUAGGUCCUGGCUCCAGGACCUGGUAUCGCCCCACGCCAACGGCGUCGGCUUCACGACGCGCCCCCAGGACACGCCCCUGCAGGCCAGCCUGCGCUACAAGGUCACCACCCUGGCGUGCCUGGCAGACCACUCCACCUGCCAGCGAAAGGCCAAGAAGAGCCUGAAGCAGUUCAUGGCCGGCGACACGGACGCCAUCCCCGUGGGCAGGCUCACCAGCACGCAGCUGUGCGCCGCCGUGCGCUGGGGCAGCCCCGCCGAGUGGAGGUUCCUGCGCGCCCAGCUGUCGGCGCCGGCCUCCGUGCUGCCCAGGAAGGCCGUGGCCAGCGCCCUCGGCUGCUCCAGGGACCAGGAGACGCUCAGGAGCCUGUUGGCGGACACCGUGGACGCCAACUCCACGCUUCGGCGUUCUGACGUAUCUGCCGUCCUGAGCGCCGUGGCGGCCAACGAGGUGGGGUCUGACAUUGUGCUGCGCUUCUUCGAGGAGAAGGCACCGCAGGUGUACAAGAGACUGGGAGGCCAUCCUCGAGUUGAGAAGUCGUUCCGUGAAAUCGCCGAGUCGCUGAACACGAAACGGCAACUCGACAGACUGGACGCGGUCCUUCGCCAGUUCCAGUCCCAGACGCCUACGAGGUCGCCGCCCUCGUGGGGGAGGGACAUGGUUCGCGAGAACAUCCGGUGGGCGGAGCGCAGCCGCGGGGAGAUCAGCCGGUGGCUGCGCGCCAGGGCGGACAGCGACGACGAACUGGAGCUCAGGAGGACGCAGUCCAAGACCAAGACGAAGACGAAGGCCACACCGGCGAGCACCACGCCGAACGCCAACAGCAAAGCGCCCCGACGGCUCGAGGAGGACGAGGACGUGGACACCGAGAACACCAGCAGCCAUGGAAUAUUCAACCAUUUAUUGAACACGAUAUUUCUUAAUUCACAAAUUUGAACCAACAAUUGGCGCAUAAAGUACAAUCAACAACAGCUAUCAACAAGCAGCUUUCAACAUUAGGAACAUGCUCCUUUGAUGCAAGCCAAGUUUAUACCCACAGCCUCCCAAUGUGCACAUCGGUUACAAAACCUCCACUUCCAAACCCAAAUGAAACCCAGCCUGUCCUCCCGACUUGUGAAUAAAAGACUGAGAAAGGAAUCCUAUGAGAAACAACGGAUUCGUGAUAAAAUUGUACAAAAAAACACCAAGACUUAAAUAACCAACAUAAUCACAAAAAUAUAAAAUAUAUAUCACUUGUAGUUGGAAUUAAAGUUGGUACAAAUAAAUGCUUUUACAGAUA